UGGAAAUCCGGCGGGCAACAGGUCAAGGAGCGCGCUAGUCAUGCAGCGGGACGUGCGAGCAAGUCACGAAACCAGCCUUCGCCUUCCGUAGAGAUCCAGGAUUGUGUGUGAUUAUUUGCUUGACCUCCCAGCUAUGUGCCUCUAUUCCGUCAAAAUUUCUCAAGCAAUCAAAGAUACGGUAUGCAGUAUCGUCAAGCUAAGAUACAAUUUCGAUUUACAAUCGUGGAUCCCUUCCACCACUUUUCAACACAUCAUCGGCAAAACAACAACUGAGCAAGUCGAGAUGGAGGGAUCCAGCAAACUACACGAGGAGCCCACCACGGUGUCCAAGACGGCACCGAGUCCGCAAGAGGGACACGGACACGCUCACCACUUGAAAUGGGGCGAAGUCGUUACGAGCGGCUUUGCGCCUCCGUCCGCUGGCGAGGAUGAUGACUCUGACCUGGACGACCCGUGCCACAGCACCAAAGACGGGGCGGAGAGGCGUCGCAAGAUGACGAGAGAUCGCUCGCGAGAACAAGUGGAUGCCGAAGCUAGACGCUUGCACUCUCAGCGACGCUACCUAUUUCGCAAGCCUAGACCUCUGCAGUACUUUAGGGGCAAUGUCCUGGUUCGAUCCAACGAGGAGCGCGGUUCUGGUCGGCUCGAACUCUUCUUUGACUUGGUCUUCGUCGGCAUCAUCGCGGUACUGGCUCAGAGCGCUGUCCGUGAACCAACUGGAGCAAGCUUUGUCCGAUACCUCUUGACCUACACCGCUGCGUACACAAUCUGGAAUUGGAUGCGCGAAAUGUUCGACUCCUUCUACAAGGAUGAUUUCUCUCAGCGAGUACUUGUGGUCUUUGUGAUGGCCUGUCUUACGCUGUACGGCAACAAUGCGAUCCACGCUCAAGAAAUGUUGAGCGAAGGUUCCGGACGUGCUGUGGCCGUCGCCGCUUAUUUGCUUGCAGAGCUCGGGCUGUUCUCCACCUGGUUGCUGUACUCAUUCUACAUCAAGGCGUACCGCGUUCAGAUCAGGGCGCAUGCUCUCGUAUGGAUCUGCACCUCUGCUAUAUGGAUAGGAAGUAUCUUCGUCGAUGUUAGAGCUGCGAUCGCCAUGGUAACCGUUGCGCUUGUGGUCGAGUGGAAUGCCUGGCAAUUUUGCUAUUCACCAUCGUUCAAAAGACUCUUCAAGCUGCGGUACUCCUCUGCGAUCGCCAUCGAACACGAGAUUGAUCGUUUUUCGGACUUCUACACAAUCGUCUUGGGCGAAUUUUGCUACUCGCUUUUUGAUGGCAAUCCCACCGGCCCUGGCUUCCACGAAGCAGCUGGAAGAGCAAUUCUCUGCUUGCUGAUUGCCUGGGCAUUUCAGUUGUUUUACAUGAAUGGCGGCUCUUCCAAAAAGAUUACGCACCCUUUGCGCCACGGAAUGCAUAGGGCAUUGCUUUUCUUCAACCUCCAUCUGCCCAUUGUCAGUGCCCUUACUCUUUGUGGCGAUGCGAUGGCAGACUUGAUCCACGAGUCGGCCGUCAAGUCAGGGGUGCGCUGGAUAGCGUGCGAAUCUUACGCGGUUGGCAUGCUGGGGCUUUGGUGCCUCGCAACUCUCGAAGUGGAGCGAGACGCGCCGGGAGAACUCUGGUUUCCAAAAUGGGCAAGGUUGACUCCUAGGCUGGUGUCGAGCAUCGUAGCUGCCUUGCUCCCCCUGACACGCCAAAAGCUGGAGGAAGAAGUGGAGGACACCGCUGAGGCGGUUCUGGUCGCGAUAAAGAGAGCAGCAGCUGAGGGUGCUGAAGGUGUCCUGACCAAUGCAGAAGGAAGUGAACCUCAAGUCGGAUUUGGUCAUGGCCCAGACAUCACCACUACAAAGUUGUUAGGGAUUCUGACCGCCCUCUCGCUUUUCACUUUGCUGUGGGAAACGAUAACCUCCCUCGAUGGGCCUAAUGCGCCCGACGAAAGCGCCUCGGAUGAUCUCUUGGAGCGCGCAAAGACUGUCAGCGGAUACAAGCACGCGCUGCGAACGCCAGCUUGGAGAGGCUUUCCGAGGCUUGCUGAGCCUGGAUCUGGGACUUUCGAUCACUCGCAUCAGCGCAGCCAUCCUUCGAGUAUUGCGCCAACUGCCGUGGCACCCACGGCGACUACCUGAGUGGACCUUCUCUUUGAGCAUUGCCAACUGCGCCUCCUUGCACCUCCUAUACCUGUGGCUAGUACUACUAGUGUCUCUUGAGCGGCGCUACGGAGCUCCCUUUCUAUGCUUUUGCUGAAGCGGUUUCCAGUGGUUUGAGGCUUUCUACUCGAUCUACAUCUUAGAUUUUCUACUCGAUUCACAUCUUUACGACCAGCUGCGGCGACCAAUCGCACAUAUCGAGACUUGCGCUGACUAGCUGCUCUGCUCAUUCUCGCAAUUCAGCAUUCGAGCCUUCAUUUUCGGCCGUUGUUGUCCCUCGGUUGAUGUGUCCAGACGAGGUAGUCUUCUCCGCUCUGCGUCAGCAGAAGAAAGCGGCUGCGUGCCCCAAGCUCCCAGGCCAACGGCUCAGGCCUUUUGCACCUGUCUCCCUCCCAUUCAACUCACGACCCUGUAACUUUGCACCGGAAUCUGAGGGCGACGUAAGUCGCUCUUGAAAUGGCAGGGUACAUCGUUUUCUA